AAGAGCGCUUUUUGAGAUCAGUUGGCUUUAUCCGUUUUGGCUGCGUUCGUAUUUGUGCAAUCAGUUACGCGUAUUGUGUAUUAAAAUAAACAUUACCGAUCAAGCAGUAAUCGUUUUUGAAUCGAAUCGCGAAUGUCUGGUGAAGCAUAAUGCUUUGUUGUUUUUUAUUUCUAUCAUUUUGUUUUUGUGGAAGCAUCGGUGCGCCGAGCCAAGCGGGCAUAGACAUCGGCAGGUUAGCGAUGACGCACGACAUUAUUCAACACACGUCGUCACGUGUAAGUCACCCAUAUUUUUCGCAUAACAGCCUAUCUCUGGAAACGAAUCAAAUUUACCGAACAAAUGAUUACAAUGAUAAUAGCAGCAGGUUCGCCAAACUACAAGCACCUUUGCAAUUUGUAUAUACACCGAAGAUCACCGAAUAUGAUGAAAAAAUCCCGCUGAAGGUUCACGAACCAAGGGAAGAUCCAAAACUUUUCUAUCAAUCUGAUAUAUAUCUUAAAGAAAUUGAUGGCCGUAAUAUUAAUCAAGAAGUAGCAUCGAUUUACCCUGGGAGGCAAUACAUUCGAGCUGACGAGAAAUAUCGCGUGCCGAAACAUAUGCUACGAAGCUAUGAUGAGAAUCGUUCUCAUGUUCCAACACAAAAAAAAUGCAUACAGUGUCCUCACGAUAGAACAUUAAUAGCAAAAGUAGGAGCCGAUCGAGUUUUCCUUCAAAGUCCUUCACUGAAAACAUGUUCAGGACGAAAAGCACCAACAAAUGUUCGAUUUGUUCACAUGUACGGAGCUAAAUUUGGAACAUUACUUGAACAGGGUUCCCAUGUGGUACUCGGCAGACUUAUGUACAAGAAUCAAAGUCUCCAAGUUUGCAAGAUGCAGGUGCACGUUAUCGUUCAGACUUGUCCAACACCUAAAUAUUUGAUAUCACAUUGCGAAGGCGAAUACAAACCAUGCAAUUUUACAUGUCGCGACAAAACGUUGGAAUUACUAGGAGAGUCUGCAUUAUUUUGCGGUGAAGAUAUGAAAUGGGAAGGCUUUCUUCCGCAAUGUAGAGCUCGUAACUGGUGUAAGCCUCUGCCGCCACCAGAUCGUGGACAAAUUAGUUGUAGAGGUGACACAGCAGGGCUAAAUUCAGGCCUUGUGGAGGGAUCCCGAUGUCGAAUACGCUGUCCAUCUGGCUGGCGAUGGCACGACAAAGCUGUUUCUGUCUGUCGACGGGGAACUUGGACAAAUAUAUUAAAGUGCACACCUAAAAAAGAAAAGUCAAAAUAAAUCCUUAUACUUAGAGAAGUUUCUUAUUCCUAUUUUUUAUAUUCCUUAGAUGAAAUUAAAAAAUUUAUUAAUUUAAGUAAGUGUUAUCUACAGUAUUUUAUUAAUGUUUUUCAAUAAAUAAAACAUACC